AAAUGAUAGAAAUCAGCCUUCUUCUUCAUCAUCAUCAGAUGGUAGUGUUAUAGCUCCUUCCUCCCCUUUCUCUCUCUCUCUCUCUCUCUCUGCACAAGUACACUUGUUUGUUCUCUGCAUAAAUAAAUGACUGAGUGGGUUGGCAGUAGAAAUAUGAGUACUGAACCACCACACAAUUCAGAACCUGAAACUAGCUCCAACUCAUUCUCAUCAUCACCCUCCUCUUCACCAUCCUCACCCGGGUUAACUCAGUCCCUCUCAAACCCACAACAACCCGAAAACAACCCACUACCCGCCAACCAAAAACCCAAAAGAAUCCGAGAAUCCAGCAGCAAACACCCGGUUUAUCGGGGGGUCCGAAUGAGGAACUGGGGAAAAUGGGUCUCCGAAAUCCGCGAGCCGCGCAAGAAAUCGCGCAUUUGGCUCGGAACCUUCCCGACUCCUGAAAUGGCGGCUCGAGCUCACGAUGUCGCCGCUCUCAGCAUCAAGGGCGGCUCGGCUGUUCUCAAUUUCCCUCACCUCGCCGGCUCGCUUCCUCGCCCCGCUUCGCUCUUGCCUCGCGAUGUCCAAGCCGCCGCUGCUAAAGCCGCCGCAAUGGUCAAGUUCGACUCUCCCUCCUCCUCGUCGUCGUCGUCGUCGGUUUCGGUGUUCACGAAUUCGGAUGAACUGAGUCAAAUCGUUGAGUUGCCGAGUCUGGGGACGAAUUAUGACGAGUCGACCGAGUUGAAUAGUAGUGAGUUUGUGUAUGUUGACUCGGUUGAUGAGUGGAUGUACACUCCGCCGUGGUUGGACUUCGCUGAUGACGGUGGCGGCGGUUAUUUUUCUGAUGAGAUUCCGGCGCCGCCAGAGACUUUAACUUCAACUAGUUUCGACUCUUUUUUAUGGAACUACCAGCAAUGAAAAAAAAAAUAUAUAUAUAUAUAUAUGUGUGUGUGUGUGUGUGUGAAUUAAUGCUCUUUUAGUUGUUUGUUUUUCUCUUUUAUUUUAGCUCUUUUGGUUUUUUUCUUUGAAGGGCUAAGAUUUUCUCUCUCUUUCUUUCUCUCUGUUUAAAGAAUUUGUGUUGUGUAAUCUUUUCAAUAAAUCUAACAAACUGUACAGUUUCAGGAGAGAAAUUGGCAAUGUCAUAAAUUUCCUUUCCAUGAUGUAUACAA